GGGCGGCGCUCGGCGCUGCGAUCGGCGCCCCGCGUGUGCGAGGAGAGGAGCCGCCCGCCGGGCGCCGCGGCCCGGGAGGGAGCAGGGAAGGGGCCGGGAAAGGAGCGCUCCGGCCCGGCAUUCAAAAGGGAUGUUCCUGCUGAUUCAAGACCACAUAGUUCUGUCCAGGACUCUACACUGGGGAUAGGGACAUGGGACUCCUCCUGCCAGAUUCCAGAUGGUUCAUUCCAACUGACAUCCUGGUUGACAACUGUGAAAAGGAACUUCGGAUUAUUCUAUUUUAUCUUCGUGGAAGACCUCAAUCCCCAAACUGUAGGACAUAUCAGGUUCCAUAUUUCUUGUAGAAUUUUAAAAUAACCUUUUCUAAUGAGGAUGUCUGAUAUUCUCACUGUAAAAGAUGAAACUGAUGCAAUGAAGGGUUCAGAAGCUGAAUUUAAAGACACAGACCCAGUUGAAAACCUUCUAAAAUCAGGAAGUCAGGAGCAGAUUCCAGCAGAGAAGGAUGAGAAUUGUCCUGAUAACAAGAACAGUAUGCCGCGGCCCCUGCAGUCCUUUGGACAGGCAGCAAAGAGGUCCAAGUCAAACACAAAGUUAAAGUUAGUUCGGAGCCUUGCUGUAUGUGAAGAGUAUCCACCACCUCCCACAGCUGAAAUAUCACAGGACCUCCAGGAGAAAAUUCAGAUCCAGUUGUCACAGUCCUUUGAAAAAGAAGAAAAACCUGCAAAAGAUGAAUCAGAAAAGGAAAAAUCCAGUGAUAAACUGUCCAGAAAAAUGUUAUCAAGAGAUUCCAGCCAAGAAUAUACAGAUUCCACUGGUAUAGAUCUUCACGAGUUUUUAGUAAAUACAUUAAAAAACAAUCCCAGGGACAGAAUGAUGCUGCUGAAAUUAGAACAGGAAAUUUUAGAUUUCAUUGGUAAUAAUGAAGUUCCAAGAAAAAAGUUUCCCCCAAUGACAUCUUACCAUAGAAUGCUGUUGCACAGGGUAGCUGCUUACUUUGGAUUAGAGCACAACGUGGACCAGAGUGGGAAGUCAGUCAUAGUAAAUAAAACUAGCAAUACAAGAAUACCUGACCAAAAGUUUUGUGAGCACAUAAAGGACGAGAAGAGCGAUGACUUCCAGAAGCGGUACAUCCUUAAAAGAGAUAACUCGAGUUUAGACAAAGAUGACAACCAGAUGAGGAUACGAUUAAAAGAUGACAGAAGAAGUAAAUCCAUAGAAGAACGUGAAGAGGAAUAUCAGAGAGCUAGAGAAAGAAUAUUUGCACAAGAUUCCCUGUGUUCCCAAGAGAAUUAUUUCACUGACAAAAGAAUCCAGGAGGAAGAAGCUAAUAGUACACAGCAAAGACGACAGAUACUUAGGAUCAAUAAGGAGACAUCAGGGAGAUCAGCCAACAGCCACCAGAGCAGCACUGAGAACGAGCUGAAGUGCUGCGAGCCCCGGCCCUGGAGCAGCACCGACUCCGACAGCUCCCUGCGCAACCUGAAGCCGGCGGUGACCAAAGCCAGCAGCUUCAGUGGCAUCUCAGUGCUCACCAGGGGAGACAGCUCUGGGAGCAGCAAGAGCACAGGCAGGCUGUCCAAGACAGGUUCAGAGUCUUCUAGUAGUGUAGGGUCCUCCACGGGUUCUCUUUCCCACACCCAGCAGCCUGUCCCCGUGCCAGCUCUAAGCCAGCCCUCUCCUGGCACUCCUGCCGUCUAUCCAGCUGCCAGCACUAGUAACUCUCUUUCCUUUGAUGGUGGCAUGAGUGGCCAAGUGGCACCUGCUGGCAGUAGCUUCUUUCUGCUUCCCUUGGAAGCGGCGGGCAUCCCGCCGGGCAGCGUGCUGGUCAACCCCCAAACAGGGCAGCCAUUCCUGAAUCCAGAUGGCACUCCAGUUGUGUACAAUCCUCCAAUGCCUCAGCAGCCUGUUAGGACCCAAGUGCCUGGACCUCCACAACAGCCACCUCUGCCCACCCCGGCUCAGCAACAGCCCCCAGCAAACCCCGUCCUGUCGCAGCCUCUGCGGGCUCUGCAGCCCUCCCAGCCUGUCCAGUACUCCGCAGUGUCCUUCCCACCCCCGCUCCUGCCAGCCUCCUCCACACAGCAAUACUCUGUGCAAGACAACCUGGGAUCCCAGUUCAGCCACCUGAGCCUGUCCCGGCAGCCCCCGGCCGAGGCAGCGGAGCCUCCCAGUGCCCUGUUCCAGUCCACCGUGGUGCUCCAGCCCCCCCAGCAGCCCGGAUACAUCCUCACUGCUGCUCCACCCCCUCCUCCCUCUGCCCAGCCCGUGUCUGCUCCGGGAUACUCGGCGUCCAGCCACCCAGUCACCCAGCCCGUGCUCCAGCAGCAGGGAUAUGUGCAGCAACCUGUGCCACAGAUGCCAGCCUGUUACUGUGCCCCUGGCCAGUACCCUCACUCCAGCCCCCAGUACCGGCCUGUGUCCGUGCACUACAACACGCAGCAGAACCAGCCCCUGGCACAGCCCGCCCAGCAGACAGGUUACCAGAUUUUGCCCAACCAGCAGCAAAACUACCAGGGUUUAGUUGGAGUUCAGCAGUCUCAGAAUCAAAAUCUAGUCAGUGGCCAACACAACAACGUUGGGAAUCAAAUUCAAGGCGUGAUUGUUCCAUAUCCUUCAGUGCCAUCUUAUCAGGUUUCGGUGCCUCAAGGUUCCCAAGCAGUGCCCCAGCAGACAUAUCAGCAGCCUGUCAUAAUUCCCAGUCAGUCCAAUCAAGGAUUGCCCACCACAGGAAUGCCAGUUUACUACAGUGUCAUUCCAUCAGGUCAACAGAAUAAUUUAAGUUCAUCAGUAGGAUAUUUGCAGCCUCCUGGAUCAGAGCAGAUACAGUUUCCUAGAACAACAUCACCGUGCAACUCCCAGCAGCUCCAAGGACAGCAGUGUGCAGUUUAUAGCAACCACUCAAGUCAGAAGCCAUCACCUCCUACAUUAUUGCCACCUUCAUCCAAGUCAAAGCCACAACAGGCUGCUUCCCUUGUGCACUACAGCAUAGUGUCUCCACCCUCAUCAUGUAAAAGUUCACCCACUGCUCUGUCCAUCAUGCAGCCAAAAAAAGCAGUAGCACCCCCUCCAGGCGGGGGGGUGGUGAUGAUGCAGCUCAACAUCCCCAGCAAUGCCCAGCCCCGGAACCCGUCCCCUCCGCAGAGGAAACACAGCAAGUACUACUGUGACCAUCCCCGGGGGCACAAGGCCACAGAACUCAGCACUUUAGACGGUGCUGCUCAGUUGCAGCACAGUCCUCAACUAGGUAGUCCUGUCACCUCACCGGCGCAGUCACCAGCACCAGCUCAGCUGUCCAACAUGAAGAACAUCCGUCCCACCUUAACACCUCUUUCUAUUGUGUCCCAGUUUUCUAGACCUUUUGUCCCCGCACAAGGAGAUGCCAGAUACCCAUUGCUUGGCCAACCCCUGCAAUACAAUCCAUCUUUAUUACGAGGACAAGUAACAAGCCAACAGUGUCAACCUGGGAACAGACAUGGGAACAGGGGAAAGAAACCAGCAAAGAAGGCUGCUUCAACAGAUCUUGGGGCAGGAGAACCAGCUGUGGGAAAAGUCCUAGAAAUUACUGAGCUGCCAGAGGGCAUCACCCGGCUGGAGGCAGAGAAGCUCUUUGGAGAACUGUUCAAAGUGGGAGCGAAGAUCCGGUGGGUGCGGGACGCGCAGUGCCUGCACUCGCAGCAGCGCCGCUCCGGCGGGGACGGGAGCACGGAGCCAUCCAAGCCCAGUGACUUGGCCUCCACCUACACGGUCCUGGCCGCCUUCCCCACCAUGUCGGCGGCGCAGAACGCGCUGAAGAAGCAAAGCAGUACCUCAGUGGGCAAGUUCAGGCUGAGAACCAGCAAGAAGCACUACGACCUCCACGGCCUGGAGAGGGCCAGUUCUCAGUAGCAGUUCCACCACGGACACUCAGCCUUUACUACUUCCAUGUUCCCCCUCCUGGGUUGGUUUGAUGUCACGGGGUUUCUGUUCUCUGCAUGGAGACUCCUGGGAUGUCUUGUCAUACGACAUUUGCCAUUGAAGAAUAAAUAACCCGGUGAAUCCAGCAAGAUGAAGAAGAAAAGUUCCAGAGCUAAUCCCAGACAAUAGCAAGGAAUCACCUUGGUGACAGGCAGUUUUCCAUGAGGAAUGCUGUGGAAAUGCCCCCUACUUUUAUAGUAGUUUUGUUUUAUAUUUUUGAAAUCUUGUAUCAGAUCCAAAGUUCUAUUGUACAGCAGAUGUUCAUAAAAAUCCAUAUGCAGAUUUGUAUUUUAUAAUCCCUUUUCACAGCCAGCACACAGCUGUCCAUUCCAAGGCAGGAACCUGAGGAUUGGUGGAGGGGAAAAGAGAACCAUUUUCAAGGAAUUACAUUCAUUUUCUAGCAAACUACCCCAAACCUUCAAGUUAACCUGUUCUUUGUCCCUCGUGGUUUCCUUUUUUCUUUUUGAGUUUUUUUUAAGGAAAAAAAAAAUCAUUUUAGUAACUAACUCCUUAGGUGGUCAUUUUCCUUUGCAAUUCACUCAAACAAUGUCAAAAGAAAUUACAGGGUUGUACCCUCGAAGGAUUUGCUUCUGAUCCAGCAAGUUUAAUAAUUAUUUAAAGGGGAAUAUGAAUGGGUUACAAAGAAUGUUCACUGAAUCACAUUUUAAUAUUUCUUUUUAGCAAAAGUGUGAAGAAAACUAAAAUGUAUCUUCACAAGUGACAAAAUGUUUGCACUUUAAUUGUGUCCCCACCAGUAUGGCUCUCUCUCUCUUCCUUUUCACGCUAAGAUAAUUGUGUUUGAUAAGUGCUGGAAACCUUUUUAAUGGUUUAAGUUUUCAUCAUUUGCAGAUGCUCACUGGACAUUAAAGAUUCAUUGCACAUAAAUGAAACAAACCUUUUUUCAAUCUGUGUAAUUUGCAAGUCUGUACAAUGUGUGCUGAUGCAAGCCUUUUUCAGUUCAAGAGAAUAAAUGUUUACAAACA